AUGGAGAACAAAACAUACCGCUCCCAGGGAAACUCUUCAGAGCGCAAACCGUUUGGAUCGCACGCCGUCCCUCUGCUUGCGGGCGAGCACCCUCCGCUCAAGUCCGCGCCGCUACACCAUCAACAUGUACCAACCUACAAUGAACCUGGCUACGGACACUACUGCCAACAGGACGAGACGCUGACUGUACACUACCACAGCCAGAGCAAGCUUUCCCAGCAGGAGCUGGCCGAUCUCCAGAAAGCGACCCAUUUCGACAAGAAGGAGCUGCAGCAGUGGUACAAGGGUUUCUUGAAGGACUGCCCCUCUGGCAUGCUCACCAAGGAGGAGUUCCAAAAGAUCUACAAGCAGUUCUUCCCCUUCGGCGACCCGUCAUCAUUUGCAGAUUACGUCUUCAACGUAUUCGACGCGGAUAAAUCAGGCACCAUUGACUUCAAGGAGUUCAUCUGCGCCCUGAGUGUUACGAGCCGAGGCAAGAUGGAGGACAAGCUCGAUUGGGCCUUCCAGCUCUAUGAUAUCGAUGGCGAUGGGAAGAUCAGCUACGAGGAGAUGCUGGCUAUUGUCGAAGCGAUAUACAAGAUGGUUGGCUCCAUGGUCAAGCUGCCAGAAGACGAAGAUACCCCCGAGAAGCGCGUGCGCAAGAUCUUCAGGAUGAUGGACAAGGACGAGAACGGCAGCCUCGACAUGGCCGAAUUCAAGGAGGGCUCCAAGCGCGACGAGACCAUUGUCUCGGCGCUCUCUCUCUAUGACGGCCUCGUUUGA